AUGAUGAACAACUUGUUCCACCGUUCAGAAUUAGAGCCGCAGCAUGGGAUCGAGCCAUCGCAAAGAGAUGCAUCGAUCGUAGUGGAGCCACACGUGUUGCCUUGUCGAGGUCCGUAUCCUCAUGUGGAGCCACGGAAAAACACUAUACAUUUCACUCCUGCGCAGAUAGAGGCAAUCAAAUCGGGGAUGCAGCCUGGGCUGACAAUGGUUGUUGGCCCGCCUGGGACCGGCAAAACCGAUGUGGCAGUUCAGAUCAUUUCCAAUAUCUAUCACAAUUGGCCUGAACAGAGGACAUUAAUUGUAGAAAAGCUGCAGGAAGCCCUUGAAGUAACCGGCGACGUUUCUUACACUUGCGAAACUGCCGGCCACUUCUUCCUCUAUCAAGUACGUUGUAUCGACUCUUAG